CGCGCUCAACGCGAACGAAAGAAAGUGAAACUCAAAAACGAAAAUGACAGUGAUUCUACUAACCGCAUGUUUACUUCACCUAACUGCAGUAAAUAGCUACGGAAACGGAUAUGAAAAAUUUAAAACUUACCAGUUAGAUGUUCCCGGUAAAGAACCAAUUACAAUAAUCGAAAACACUCCCAAAAAAGAUAAUGUGCGACAGUGGGAAGUCACUGAAACUACCUCAGAUAAUGAUUCCGAUAUGAAAAACCUUAUGACCGAUAUAAUUCAUGAUGUGAAAGAAAACAGACCGCGGUGCUAUGGGCCUUCUUGUCAAGAAGGAUUCAUCGAAAACGAAGGUCCACAAGAAGAUUUUGAAGACUAUGCAAUAGAAAAUAUGGACAAAUUGAAAAGUUUUAAAGACUUUUCGAAUGAACGUCUUCAAGCUAUCGCGGCUUUGGCAGCGAAAUUAAAAAGGAAUAAAAUAAAAUCAGACCGAUUCUCUGCAACAUCAAAUCAAGAAGACGAAAAUGAUGACAAAGUAUAUACUUCUUGGAAUCGUCUUAAAGUAAAGCAACAUAAACAUCCUUUUGACGAUAAAGAUGGUUGGGUGACAUUAGAACCGGUGGCUUGGUCUACGAGCAAAAUAUCAAAAUGGAAGCCGAAUGUUAAAAAGCAAAAACCUACCUAUUGGAAUAAUGAUGAUGAUGAUACAAAAUAUUCUAAUGAUGACCGGUUCACUUCAUACCAAGAGACGGAUAACGGGUACAUGUAUCCUCAAAACAGACCAACUCUGUCACGCCCUGGGUUUAUAAAUAAUAAACUUCAUAUUCCUCAAGAAUACGAACCAGAAUUGCCUUCAAAACCGACAUGGACUAAAAACAAACCUCAACCCCAGCAACAAUCGGUGCACAGUUAUCAAUCAUCGUGGUCAUCUGAUGACAGCCGACGUCCAUACAAACCAGUGACAAAUUGUGAUAAAGAUGAUCCAUAUACAAAUGAUGAUGCAGUUUAUUAUGGAAUGUCUGAUUCUGUUGUGACUGAUCCCCGCCCAUCUAACUUCCCAUAUGAAUAUGAAGCGCUGCAUCAGUCGUCGAUGCAAAAGCGACCAGCAAGAAGACCAACACAGGUCGUUUACUCCGACAUAGACGAUGAUCGUUCAUCGAGACCUCCGCAUGGUGAUGGUCACUGGGUUUUACUUUCGACUACAAAAGGAUAUAGGAACAAGAAACGCCAGAGAUCACUUGAACCUCCUGCAGAAAAUAUAGCAGUACCGUCUAUAACAUCUCAUCAGUCAGUUUCUCUAACUGUUCUACCAACUGAUGAUCACUCUCGUACAAACAUGACAACAUCACAUGGUGGUUUAUUGGAAGUUGAGAAAAGUUUUCAGACUGUUGAAGAAUCUAAACGUGACAUGGAUAUGAAGAAUGACUUAGAAGUAGCAGCAAGCCAGCAUAGGCCUAUGAGGAAUAAAUUGAUACGUAAAAAACUUGUGGGUAACAAAAAUUCACCUGAUAGUUCGACAGUGAUGGCGGCUGUUGGAGCAGGAAUGGUUCCUGCUACGAUGGCUAUGGUAGUGCCAAUGAUGUUAGGUAGACGUCGACGAAGGGAUCUUUAUAACGAACCUCAGAUCUUGUAUUUAAAUGAAUAUCUCCAAAGAAAUAAUUAAUCCCUCCUCUUAGAAUAGGUACGUAUUUAUUAAAUAUAGUUAUAAAUGUGAAA